AGCCAAACAAAAUUGGGCAUUGAAUCUGGAAAGACUUAAAUGUCAAUCUGGAUUUUGAGUAAUUGUGUUUUUGAGGCCAUGAAAUUUCAGGGUUUUUGGCGCUCACUGUGUGCAGUCAGUGGGGGAUCCUUGGCUACUUAUGUUGGCCUCAAGGUGCUCGAGCGGAACCAGGAGCGAGAUGGGUAUCAUGGCGGGCAUGAGCUAAUUAGCAGCAGUGGCUGGAGCCACGAUUGGGAUCAGCGUAAGCUUGUGCAUCAGAAGAUAUCGAACCAAGGGAGCUUUGAGGCUGAGCCUGAGGCUGUUGCUCUGCGACACAUUGUGCUGGUGCGGCAUGGUGAAUACAAUUCCUCGCCGGAUGGCGGGCAUCUCACGGAGCUGGGGCGACUGCAGGCGCAUCGCACGGGUCAGCGGCUGCACGAAAUGGGCGUGACCUGGGACCAUGUGGUAGCGUCGACCAUGUCGCGCGCCCAGGAAACGGCCAUGAUCAUACUGAAGCAAAUUAACUUUGAUCCGCUCAAGAUGAAGCGCUGCGAGCUGCUGCCCGAAGGCACGCCCUGCCCAGCCGAUCCGCCUCAAAAUCGCAGCGUCGAAAGUGUGGAGCAGGCUUUCCGGCGCGAUGGACCGCGCAUCGAAGCCGCCUUUCGACGGUACUUCUUUCGCGCCUCGCCCGAGCAGAAGGAAGACUCCUACCUGCUGCUCAUUGGCCAUGCGAAUGUGAUACGCUAUUUGGUCUGUCGCGCCUUGCAGCUCUCGCCGGACGCCUGGACACGCUUCAGUCUGCACCAUGGCUCCAUCACCUGGCUGACCGUCUGGCCCACCGGCUACGUCACUAUGCGUUGCCUGGGCGAUGCCGGCUUCAUGUCCAUCAGUGAGCUAACCCACCGAAGACCCAAAGCAAACGUGAAAUAAGCUCUUCAGCAGAGCCAGGCUUUGGUGAUGGUUUUAUAAACUUUAUUAAACUCGGCUUUAUAUUUAUA